AUGGCGACCAUCGCACCUCCCCCCGCAGCCCCUACGCUGGCAGACCUACCCCUCGAACAUCUUAGCCUCUACCAUGUCGUCGACUCAUGCUUAUCAUCCAUCUUCGUCUUCUAUGGUGCUGUUUCCACCGCCAAUGCCACUGUGAGCAGUUCCCGCAUCCAGGCCCAUAUAUUCACUCCCGCCGGGUUUCAAAGUUACCCUCGAAUUACGGUGUCCCCAGCCGCUCCCGUGUAUGCUGCAGUCAACCACCUACCCCGCGAAAAACAAGGAGAUGAGGUGUGUCGCGGACUUGCCGUCAGCAUGCUGAGGUACUUUGCCGAGCUGUCUGAACCGGUUAAGCACCGUCUGACUGGGGUGGCUCGGUCAGGAAGACCGGGAGGAAAGGCCCCCAAGAUGUUCGAUGAGAUGCAUGCUGCGGACCUGGCCAACCGUAUGGCAAAAGUGGAUGAUUCAUUGGAGAUUAUUCAGGAUAUACGGAGCGCAUAUCAAGAACGCAGGGUGCCGUGGAUUGACAUCGAUGUGGUGCUUCCUGCAGGCACUAUACAACCAUUCCACCGGCGAGAGAGUGUGGGAUCAGAUCUUGAGGGGAGUCAGAAUCCCCAGUACGGACCAUACACACCCCUGAUAGAGGCGUUGGGAGAUCCUAUGUUUUUGCCAACAUCCCGACUAAAGCGUGCGCCGUCUCAGCCGACCAAUGUCAGCAAAUCGCGGCUGUUCGCAAGAAGCCAGAAAGAAGCCCUUCGUCUCACCAUGUGCGAGCUUGUGGAUACCGAAGAAAGAUAUGUCGCCAAACUGUAUUCUCUCGUCCAUGAAGUGGCCGACGAAUUUCGGCAAAAGGCUGUGGGUAGAGGACCAUCCAGUAACAGCCCCGACGAGGCCGCUUUGGCGGCAUUAUUCCCACCGUGUUUGAAUGAAAUCCUGGAAGUCAAUCUGGGCUUCCUCGAUGUCAUCCGACAAGUUCUCGAUGAAACGGAGAAAGAUGCCAUCACAGAUAUUGGUCAGGACACGGAGCUCCCUUCCAAUCAUCGCGGUUUACCCAGAGAUAGAUCGGAUCCGCUUGGGGCUCUGGCAUUCGCAAAGGCCCUCUUUGAAUGGUUACCGCAAUUUUCACAGCCAUACGGAGAUUAUAUGCGAGCACAUACAGGUUUCACACAAACUCUGAAUCUGUUCAUGAAAGAUAAGAACUCUAGCUUUUCGAAGAGGCGACUCCCUCGAUACAGUUUGCUGAUUGACACCAUGACUAGCAAUCUGCCCUUGGUUCAUCCUGCUGUGCGAACUCUGCUGAAAGCAAGAGACAUUGUGAAGGAUAUCUGUGCGCUAGAGAAUAAUUCCCCAUCGAGCCACGCUCAAAGCCUUCAACGCCUGAAAGAGCUAGUUAACGGAUGGCCAGCAAAGACAUUUCCUGAAGGUCGGCUGAUUACCGCAGUCGACUUCAACGAGAUCACCCCUCCCUACAAUCUGGACACCCAGUCAUCUGGAAACAGCACGGGGAUCAUGCUUCUUUAUAAGAACUGCCUGGUUCUUCUAGCAAAGCCCGCCGAAAGCCGGGCCACGGCCCGUGGUGUACUGGCUGACAUCGACAAUGCGGCCGCCGCAACGAGUGAUAUCUCUACGUCUUUACCGCCAGCAGAACUACAGGUUGUGCAGGUACUAGACUUUCAUAAUGUGCGUUGCAUGCAAUCUGCAUGUGGUCGAAUUUUGUUUGCUGUGCCAAUUUCAGCCAAGUCCAUGACAGAUGAAACAAGUGCUGGAGCCGACCUCCUUGCACUGGAAUUGGCUGGGACAUAUGAAGGAAGAGCCAGUCGAUUUAUUGAAGAAAUAUCCAAAGCGAAGAUUGAGGGUCGGUUUCCCGAGAGUGAAAGAGAAGGAGGCAAGUGGACACUCCGAAGCCCUGCCACCGGAGCUGCGAGCAACGUGGGAAUCCUGGCCUGUGUGUGCGAGGAUGGUGAAAGCGCCGCGUUGAAUCAGAUUCAGUCAUCCCCCAUACGGGUUGUUUUUGAUGCAUCCAAGGCGGCCUGUGGUCAAAUGCUGAGAGAUUCCAAUCUUGAGGUCAUCAUAUCGAUAUCUCCUCCCAAUGGAGACCAAUACAGACUAGACAUCGAUUCAGUGGUUGGAUCUGGGUCUACGGAUUUGAUCACGGUGGACACCUUCAUUCCCACUCUUUCACGCCGUCUUCAAUAUUUGCUGUCGCCUCUACAUAGCCCCCGAAACCCGGCAUUGACGAACCCAUUGGUUCAUUCCAAUUUUGAAAUCCUUCGGUAUAUCGCCAGCAGCUUAAUAACCCAAGUCAAGUCUUCGCGGGGGUUCCGGCCACCUUCGCCGACCAAACUGAUCUCAAACUUGUUGGGGAGUAGCCGUGAUAACGUGUCCACUCACAAAGGGUCAGGAUCAGCCACUCUUACCGGUGAAUUCCCAAAAAUGCUCCCGCCAAGAGGCACCCUGUCGAGAUCAAACACUUUGCCUUCGACAUUCCCCGGGAAAGAUAAAGAUAAAGAGAAGGACAAGGAGAAGGACAAGGAGAGAGACAAGGACAAGGAGAAAGAGGAAACUGGGAGCAAAAUAUCAGUUGUUGGGGCAUCUACCUCCAAGGGACUGGAUACUCAGUUCGGGUUGCUGGAACAAACAUUUGCAGCCUAUGUAAUUUCUCUGCAGUCUCGGAGUGGAAAUAUCCUGGGCCGAAUGCUUCGGGUCAGAGAGCAUGUUGACCGUGCGCCAGUCAAUGAGCUCUACAACAUUUUGCUGGAAGACCCAAGCAGAAUCCAGGCUGCCGCUGAAGUGCCAGUUGAUACGCUUUUCGUCGCAUUUGAAACCUUUCUGGCGAACGCUUGGAGAAGAAGCAUGGGCUCUGUCUUGAGCCCCUCCUCUCUGAAAUGGAUUCAAAGCCAGUUUGACACCAUGAUACCACGAGAUUUCGAUGAGCAAUUCCGGAAAUUCGUGACAGAUAUGAGCCCGCAAAACAGACGAGCCCUAGCUGCGAUCAUUCGACUACUUGCCGAACUACUCGAUGCAUCUGGAAAUGACGGAGAUCGUGGUGCUUUGACGAUGGCAUUUGCGGAAGUACUCACAGAAGACGGAGAUCCCAGUCAUCAUGUCUCCCUUUUAGAUCGACUGGUCGAAGACUUUGACAACCUCUUCGAAGAAUUUAUUCCUGGAGGUACCUCAGUGGAAGGAACACUAACCUGCGAUCAAUCGAAAUCUCACACCAAUGCUGGGGACACCUCGAAAAAUGAAGGCGAAGGCAAAGUCGCGGCGAUUCUAAGGACAUUGAGCAAGAAACAAAGCCCGGCCGGCUCAGAGCCCAAUACACCCAAGGGGUCUGUGAUGCGAUCAAAGUCGACUGACGUAGACUCUCGUCUGGGGUUCUUCCGCCCUACAUCUCGCGAUCGUCCUACAUCUCGUGAUCGACCUACAUCCCGCGACCGACCUACAUCCCGCGAUCGCCCUACAUCCCGUGAUCGUCCGUACCGUCCGUAUGGGUUCGCAUCCGAGGAGCAAAUCUCGAGGCCGGGCACCGGGUACGAAAACCCACCUUCUCUAUCUUCUUUCCGAGGCUUCUCUGAAGAUGUCGCGCCAAGGACUCGCAGAAAAAGAAGGAGCUCUCUUUCGGACUUACGACCACCCACAUCAUCCUCAGAUGCAUCCAGUAUCUCUCCAACUCAACAACUCCGCCCGACGACCCCUUCCAGCCACCCGCGAGCGGAGGUGGUAACGCCCACCAAGCAGUCUAGACCCCAGAGCAGUUACAUACCAACAUCACCUAUGCGGGGUCAGUCCCCAAUGCGUGGUCAAUCACCAAUGCGUUCUAAGCCGCCAGCGAAAUCCGGUUCACCGACGCGACUAGGAUCACCCAUUCGCCGCCUGUCGCCGCCCCGUCCCUCUACGCCGAGCAGGAAGGAGAACAUUGAUCCCAGGAGUCCACAGACAGAACGUACAACCAAGCCCAGGGGGGGUGUGUCUGAAUCGCCCGUGGAGGAGGCAAGGAGGAGAUCCCACACGUCAGGCAUUCCUCAGCGGACUCCGGGCCUUCGAGAGCGGCCAACCGUCAACAGUUCCGAUACUAAGCGGCCACAAUCUUCGUCUUCCUUGCAGAGACCGCUGAAACCGCGGAUGCAAAGCCCACAAAAGUUACGUGAUCGUGUUCAACUAGAAAAGAAGACCCAAAAAUCCACCCAAUUGGGCCUGAAAGAUGAGCUUACAGAGCUUGGCAACGAAUUGCGUUCUCUGAAACUCACGCCACCAAGGCAAUCCAACGCAAUGAACUUGGAGUUUGAUUUUGACCGUACAAACACCAAUCCAUAUUCUGCUACUACCGCAUCCCUUGAAUCUCGCAUGCGCAAUCUUGAAGCCAAAUUUGACACGCUUACCGGGGAAUACAAUGGCCGCACAACCGCUCUCGAGCGAGACCUGGAGUCGUCGUUGAUUCUUAGCGAGAAGCGCGUGAAGAAAUUAGACGAGCUUUAUCGCGAGGCAAGCGCGGAGAACGAGGCUCUCUAUGAUCGGUUUAAUACCGAGCUCAGCAAGAUUGCAAAGGAUGUCCGUUCGGGCCACGCAGAAGAUGCCUUGAAAUCUCAAUUGGCAAGUGCUCUAGACGAGAUCGGUCGAGUGAAGAAAGAAAACUUCCGUUUGAAGCGAGAAGUUGGAGGUCUUCGAGCCCAGUCAGCUGCCGCUGCACUGGUCAAGGCGAGCGAGCAAUAA